AUGCACUCCAGAGGCCCAAUCGCUCUCAGAAUGACUCAGACUCUCAGAAUCACUCAAGAACCAGCCGCUUAUGUUCUCCUUCACAGCUAUGGGCGGGACGGGAGCUCGUCGAAAGGGAACAAAGUGUGAGAAGUGGGUGCGAAGUGCCUUCAAUUCGGAUGGAUAUCAGGCUUUAAUCAGUGAAUAGAAAUUGGACCCCAAAAACCUUCGCCACCUUCGAUUCAGCAAGCCACGAAUCGUCGUUGCCAACAAAGGAACCGAGUCAAUCGCAGAAACGGACCGAAAGCUCGUCGUGGGAAGUGAACUCGGAAGGUCGGCGGGAUGUGCAUGGCCUGUCGGGCCGAACUUCGAACCUGUGGCGCCGGUGCGCGGGUGCGCGGGUGCGCGGGUCAAGGCGGGGCGAGUGGUGGGGCCGGCCCGCUUGGCAGCAUGGCUGGGAGCGGAGGAACUCGGGUGCCAAGUCACGCGCCCCUUUGUCCGCAUCACACACAUCUCUCGUUCGCUGGCCUCUGAUCCGGGCCAGCUUUUGUGAAGCUCUCGCCAUUUUUCGAUCGAUUCGUGUCUUCCGAGCCCGCCCCAUCUCUCCCCGCCAGUCUUCUGCAGCCGAUGUGUGAGCUUCGACCAUGGCGGGUGUAGGACAGCUUUGCCCGCAUCUAUUAUCGUUUUCCUCGGUCAGAUUGGAGUCAAACGCUUGUCAACCAAGUUUUAAGGAGGUUUCACGCGCCGCAUUCUUCCGAGGAUCAUCGCAGUUGGUUUGUAAACAGUCUUCGACAGUUCGAUCCAAAGUUAGAUUUGGGAAGGGAUCCCAAGAAGGACGUACCAUGACAACUUGUAAUGCUGCUGUAUCAGCAGGUAGUGAUUCUGCAUUGGCUCAAAAGGUGGACUUCAAAAAGCUACAAAAUGGCAGUGACAUUCGAGGAGUGGCAUUGGAAGGAGUGGAAGGGGAACCAGUGACUUUAACAGAGCCCAUAACCGAGGCAAUUGCCGCUGGGUUCGCGGGUUGGCUGCUAGAUAAGAAGAAUAUCGACGGCUUCGUCAAGCUGAAGAUUUCGAUAGGCCAUGAUUCAAGGAUUACGGCGAAAUCUAUGCAGUCAGCUGCAGCCCGAGGCAUUGCUGGGGCAGGAUUGGAUGUUGUCCUUUACGGGUUGGCAUCAACACCAGCUAUGUUCAACAGCACAAUGACAGUGCAAGAUGAUUUGCUGUGCCCUGUCGAUGGAGCCAUCAUGCUCACGGCUAGUCAUCUACCGUAUAAUCGGAAUGGGCUGAAAUUUUUUACCAAUGCUGGUGGACUUGGAAAGGCUGAUAUUUCAGACAUUCUAAGUCGUGCUUCAAAAAUUUACGACAAGAUGUCAGACAAAAGCCGGGAGGUGUCUCAGUCUGCCGCAGAAGCUGUCGUAAGUGAAGUAGAUUACAUGGAACGAUACACACAGGAUCUUGUAGAAGCUGUUCGAAAAGGAGCCGGUGGCGUUGAGAAACCUUUGGAGGGAUUCCAUAUUGUGGUGGAUGCAGGAAAUGGAGCAGGAGGGUUCUUUGCAGGCAAAGUUUUAGAACCUCUUGGUGCGGUGACUACUGGGAGUCAGUUUCUUGACCCGGACGGCAUGUUCCCUAACCACAUUCCAAAUCCCGAGGAUAAGAAAGCCAUGGAGGCAAUAAAAAAGGCGGUACUGGAGCAAAAGGCUGAUUUAGGAAUCAUUUUUGACACCGAUGUGGACAGAUCAGCAGCUGUGGAUUCAAGUGGCCGUGAGCUGAAUCGCAAUCGUCUCAUUGCCCUGAUGGCUGCUAUUGUUUUAGAAGAGCACCCGGGAACCACCAUCGUCACUGAUAGCGUCACCUCCGAUGGUCUCACCACUUUCAUUGAGAAAAAGCUAGGCGGAAAGCAUCAUCGUUUCAAGAGGGGUUACAAAAAUGUCAUUGACGAAGGGAUUCGGCUGAAUCAAAUAGGAGAAGAAUGUCAUCUGGCGAUUGAAACAAGCGGUCAUGGUGCCCUGAAAGAGAACCACUGGCUCGACGAUGGAGCAUAUACCAUGGUGAAGUUGCUGAUAAAGUUGGCAGCAGCAAAAGUUUCCGGGGAAGGAAGCGGAAGUGAAGUAUUGUCCAACUUGAUAGGGGAGCUCAAAGAAGCCGACUUUGCAUCUGAGCUGAGAUUCAAAAUCAAUCAAGAGCACCCAGAUCUUGGCAGCGGUACGUUUAGGGAGUACGGAGAACAAGUUAUGAAGAAGCUGGAAAGCAUGGUCGAAUUAGACUCAACCUUGCAAAAAGCACCUGUCAAUCACGAGGGUGUUCGAGUAUCUGGAUUUGGAGGGUGGUUCUUAUUACGCCUUUCUCUCCAUGAUCCAGUUCUUCCUCUGAACAUUGAGGCUCCAUCAAAAGAAGCGGCUGCCAAACUUGGAAAUGCUGUUCUAGCGGCGGUGCAAGACUUCAAAGCUCUUGAUAUUUCUCCACUACAGAAACUCUUGACGUCUGUUAAUUAGCUUCGUUCGGUAAAAUUGAAGGAAGGAGUUGGGCAGUCAUGCCCUCACAUAUGAUCUAGAGGGUUCAACCUGGAGGUGUCCAUUUAGUCAUCCUUACACGAUUCUGGACUAGUUUUGGACGUUACAUAGGUGGAUUAGGUCUCAGGUACGAAGGUUCACCUCUUAUAUCAAGAGAAGGACAAGCCCGAUACGGUCUUUUACUUUUGUAGACACGUACUUGACUCGAGUGUUCAGAUUUACAGAUCUGAAGUGGCAUUAACUGUGUGUUGUAUUCCACAACCUCAAACCGCUGUACAUUUACACCUAUUGAAGAAUGGUGAGGUGAAGUGACGUACUUCGACGAGCUAAACUUACCAUAGCAAUAUUGUUGGUGGGAUAUCUCAAGCACACUAUAAGUUGUAACUCAUUUGAUUGUACACAUCU